GUUUCAUCCUUGCUUUCUGCAUUUUUCAUCUCCUUUUUUCUUGUCAUUUUCCCUUUUCCCUUACUGUGUAAUUCGAUUCGAUUUUUCCCGUCCAUUAGUGGAGUUUAGCGAAAAAAAACGAAGAAAAACAAAAAAAAUAAAGUGAGAAUUUAGGAAAAUGGGAAGGGUGUUUGCGUUGACUCUCGAAGGCUUGAUCUACAGCUGCAAGCACUGCGGAACCCAUCUCGCUCACAGUGACGACAUUGUUUCCAAGUCUUUCCACUGCAGACAUGGGAAGGCUUAUCUCUUCAGCAAUGUAGUAAAUGUAACACUCGGGGAGAAAGAAGAGAGGUUGAUGAUGACUGGAUCACACAUAGUGGCAGAUAUAUUCUGUGUUCGGUGUGGUUCGAUUGUCGGAUGGAAAUAUGAAGUUGCUCAUGAGAAGAGCCAAAAGUACAAGGAAGGGAAAUCUGUUCUCGAGCGAUUUAAGAUUUCUGGACCAGAUGGAAGCAGCUAUUGGGCCAGCCAUGAAGAGAGUAAUGGGGUCAAUAAUGAGGGUGAUCCUGGUAUAUUUUAACCUUUAAAUUCAAAUAUAUAUACAUAUAUAUUAUAACAAUAAUAAUAAUAAAAUAA